CUUAAGUUCAUUUCUUAGAUACCUAAUUAAAGUCACUUCUCAUACCUACUCAAAAGCGCUUAGAGACUACAAAUAACAUCAUCUCAAGAAACUGCCCUUCUAAUGACUUAGAUGGCACUUCUAGCUAAUUCUAUAUUUAUAUUCGUCGCCUCGUAGCCUACCAUUAACGACGUUAAGAAUUAUGGCACAAUCACAAUUAACCGAUGCGGAUACCAUCCGUAUCCUCGUCGCCACCGAUAAUCAUGUGGGUUACGAGGAACGAGAUCCGAUCCGUGGCGAUGACAGCUGGAAGUCAUUCGAUGAGAUUAUGAAUUUAGCCCGGAAAGAAGAUGUUGAUAUGGUACUACUAGCUGGAGACUUAUUCCACGAUAAUAAGCCGUCCAGGAAGGCCAUGUUCCAGGUUAUGCGAUCAUUGAGGAAGAACUGUCUUGGCUUGAAGCCGUGUGAAAUACAGUUCCUGAGCGACGCGAACGAAGUCUUUCAAGGUGCCUUUGGACAUGUCAACUAUGAAGAUCCCGAUAUCAAUAUCUCCAUCCCCGUCUUCUCCAUCCAUGGCAACCAUGACGAUCCUAGCGGCGAAGGUAACUUUUGUUCUCUGGAUCUGCUUCAGGUCGCCGGACUCGUCAACUAUUUUGGGCGUGUGCCUCGAGCAGAUGAUAUCGAAGCUAAGCCAGUUCUACUUCAGAAAGGCAUGACUAAAUUAGCACUUUACGGAUUAAGCAAUGUGCGAGAUGAACGCAUGUUUCGGACAUUCCGUGAUCAUAAUGUCAAGUGGUUUAGACCGAACCAACAAUCAAGCGAUUGGUUCAACCUCCUUGCCGUUCACCAGAAUCAUCAUGCCCACACUGCUACCGGCUAUUUGCCCGAGAAUAUGUUGCCUGAGUGGUUGGAUUUGGUCGUUUGGGGUCACGAACACGAGUGUCUGAUUGAUCCUUCGCAUAAUCCAGAGACUGGCUUCCAUGUUAUGCAACCAGGCUCCUCAGUUGCCACAUCUUUAGUCCCCGGUGAAGCCGUAGCCAAACACGUCGCCGUGGUAAGCAUCACGGGGAGAGAUUUCAAAGUAGAGAAGCAUCGAUUGAAAUCAGUCCGCCCUUUCAUGACUGCCGAGAUCAUCCUAGCAAAUGAUAAGAGAUUUAAAGAUCUAGAUAAGAAGAAAGAAAACCGCCAGGAGCUCACGCGAAAAUUAAUGGACGUAGUCGAGGAAAUGAUCGAAGAAGCUAAUGCCGAGUGGGAAUCUAUUCAGGAGGGUGAUUCUCUAGACGGUGAACGACCUCUGCCCUUAAUUCGUCUAAAGGUAGAAUACACUGCUCCAGAAGGAGGCCAUUACGAUAUCGAAAACCCGCAGCGAUUCUCCAAUCGGUUCCAAGGAAAGGUUGCAAAUACCAACGAUGUUGUAUACUUCUACCGGAAAAAGACGGCGCAGAGGAGAACUGCAAAGGAUACAGAAUUGUCAGAUGAGCUAUUAGCAGCCUUGGACGAUAUAGAGGACAUUAAAGUCGGCAAGCUAGUUGAAGAAUUUUUGUCUGCCCAAGCACAAUCCCUGAAAAUUCUUCCACAAGCACCAUUCGGUGAUGCAGUUAACCAGUUCGUUGACAAAGACGACAAGCAUGCUAUGGAAUCGUUUGUGAGCGAGUCGCUCUCGGAGCAAGUGAGACAGAUGCUACUAUUAGAGGGCAACGAAGCCGACCCUGAAAACAUGUAUACAGCAAUGGGGCACAUUAAACAGAUCCUCGAGACGCAGUAUACUGCAGGCAACAUAAAACAGGCAAAACGACGUAAAUAUAAACCAAAGCCGGACCUUUGGGACUCUGAUCUCGACGGUCAUUGGGAAGAUCAACCCCAGGCAAUCGACCACGAGACAACUACCACUAAGACAACGCCCCAGAUAAGCCAGCCCAAAGGUCGCGGGAGAAAAGCGGCACAGGUUAUAGAGGAUGAGGAUGACGAUAUGGAGGAUGUCGAGCCGCAACCGCCGCCGCCGAAAACAAGGGCAAGAGGUCGGGCAGCAGCUGCUAAACCCAAGGCAACCCCAGCGAAGAAAGCACCCGCCAAAGGCCGAGGUCGUAAAGCGCAGGUGUUCGAACAGUCGGAGGAAGAGGAGGAGGAAGACGUCGUAAUGGAUAACGAUGAUUUUGAUCCCCCGCCACCACCGAAACGCGCUACGACGAGAACUACGACGACGAGGGCGGCAUCUACUAGGUCGUCGCAGACAGCGAAGGCUGUAUCUACUUCUGCUGCGUCUAAAGCGACCCCAAAGCCACGCCAAACGAAAUUGAACUUUUCGCAGAAGGCGUCGCAGCAGGCGUCGCAGCAGGAGCCGUUGGAGAUUAGUGAUGAUGAGAUCUCGGAUGACUUUGAGUCGGUACCGGAGACUAGGACCCGCAGGCGUUGAGGCGACAUGUCGAACAGAAUUUGAUGACUUAUUAAUAUUGUAGUUAAGCCAGAUCCGUGGUAUGUCUAUCUAAUUGGCUACACGAUGUUGCUAUCUGAGAUUGCCUCGAUGUCAACGGACGAAAUCAUCGGUCGGCUAGUUGGUUCUACUUGAUAUGUCUACCUAAGUCAAAUAUCAGAUGGCACAUAUUGAGGCCAGGUGAUGGUGAGCAUUAGGGACAUCGCUUAUAGAGUCAUAGUUCAACUAUGGAGGGGUAUUUAUGUGGCUGCUAAAAGCCGAUAAAUCGAAAAAGGUAUUCCUAAUAAUGACACUACUAUAUAUCCCCUUAGAUGCAACCUCAUACAUCACCGGUAUCUCCCACACUGUAGAUAACUAAGGCAGAAUUACUUCAAGUGGUUCAUGAAAGGGCACGAAUGUAGCUCAGUUAUCAUAGGAAUAUAUCAAGUGCUUCGAAUAAUCAGUUUAUACUUUACUUUAAUAAGCAAUGUUGGAUAAGGA